CUACUCCCGCUAACAAGGGAAUUGAAUUGCCUGUAUCGCGGAAUGAGUUAUUCGGUACUCCGUGACGUCACGGCGCCUAUUGAUCUGUCAGUGUUGUGAAUUUACUUUCCGCUUCCUUGUCCAAGAGAUCGACAUGUUUGUGGCCCGGAGUAUUGCAGCCGACCACAAGGAUCUUAUCCACGAUGUUUCCUUUGAUUUCCACGGCAGGAGAAUGGCGACUUGCUCCAGUGAUCAGAGCGUUAAAGUCUGGGACAAAAGUGAAAAUGGUGAUUGGCACUGUACUGCAAGCUGGAAGACACACAGUGGUUCUGUGUGGAGGGUCACUUGGGCUCACCCAGAAUUUGGCCAGGUACUAGCUUCCUGUUCAUUUGAUAGAACUGCUGCAGUAUGGGAAGAAAUUGUUGGUGAAUCAAAUGACAAACGUCAAGGACAGAGCCACUGGGUUAAAAGAACAACACUUGUAGAUAGCAGGACAUCUGUAACAGAUGUAAAAUUUGCUCCAAAACACAUGGGCCUGAUGUUGGCCACAUGUUCUGCAGAUGGUGUUGUUAGAGUGUACGAGGCUCCUGAUGUCAUGAAUUUAAGUCAAUGGUCUCUGCAGCAUGAAAUUUCUUGCAAGUUGAGCUGCAGUUGCAUCUCAUGGAAUCCUUCCAGUUCUCGUGCACAUUCACCUACAAUUGCUGUUGGCAGUGAUGAAAGCAGUCCUAAUAUAAUGGGAAAAGUUCAGAUCUAUGAAUAUAAUGAGAACACAAGAAAAUAUGUAAAAGCUGAAACCUUCAUGACAGUCAUAGACCCUGUUCACGACCUGGCGUUUGCUCCAAAUCUGGGAAGAUCCUUUCACAUUCUAGCUGUGGCAAGUAAAGAUGUUAGGAUUUUUACCAUGAAGCCGUUAAGGAAAGAGAUGACUUCAUCUGGAGGUGUGACAAAAUUUGAAAUCCAUACAGUAGCUCAAUUUGAUAACCACAACUCACAAGUAUGGAGAGUAAGCUGGAACAUAACUGGCACCGUGCUGGCAUCAUCAGGUGACGAUGGGAGCGUGCGACUGUGGAAAGCAAACUACAUGGAUAAUUGGAAGUGUACUGGUGUUCUAAAAGGAGACGGGAACCCUGUUAACACUACUCAGCAAGGAUUCUUUGUUUCUUCCUUUGGAUCAGCCAAUCUAAGUCUACAAAACUCUAUAAAUGGAUCUUCUGGCAGAAAGCACAGCUGAUACCAAGCUAACCGGAGUAACUUUGCUGUUAUGCUGCUUGUUGCAUGUACUCACAGGAAUGGAUGCCGAACUCUUAUCCGCAAAUGCUGUUUCCUGUUCUGUAUAUUUCAAUUAUUCUUGUUUUGAGGGGAAAACAAGAAUUCUAUUUACAAGCAUUUCUGAGGUGCUCUCAACAGCCAUAGAUUACGUGUACUUUGCAAAUGAUGUGUAAACUUUAUUGCAUCACUUCCAAGCCUCUUGUGAUCACAUCUUGCUUAUUUGUAUAAUAAACUUACCGGAUUUGUAUCUCAGAAUCUCCACCUCCAUCAAAAGAAAUUUCAGAUUUGGGGAGGGUUGCUUAGACUCUGAGAGGAAACACAUUUUUUAAAAAACUUUACAUUUGUAUCUUAACAAAUAUGUGAUCACAUUAGACGAUUAUAAAUGAUGCACUAAAGAUUGUGUAAUGUUUGUGUCCCAUCAAGUCUGUAGCAUUGGUAAAGCUCUGUUCUGCUUGUGGUCUUCUGAACUGGUUCCCUUUUGUAUAUACUCAUUUGUAUUACAAAUUGUUGAAAUGUGUUUGGUAUCUUGUUACGUAAAAAUUGCAGAUAUGAAAAGAGCAUGGAAAAGAAAUUGUCUAACAGAACUCCUCGUUUAGUAAAAUACCAUAAUUUAUUGUUAAUGGGUUGUUAUAAUUAUAUGAUUUCUUACAUGCUAUUAGUUUUAAAGGGUUUUUGUAACUGUGUAUUAACAUAACAUUUUGUACAAGUACACUCAUUUUCUAGUGGAAGUAUUAUCACUUGUACAUUUUAAGUUCCUUUCUUGGUUAAAACAUGUUGGAGAAAAAAAAAUGUCCCUGCCUUUUGGGCUAAAUCAUUUUAUUCUUGAGAAUAUUUGUUUUUUUUCUAGUUAAACCCAAACAGGUAUGAAUAGUUGGCUUAAAUUUCAGGAAGACCGUUUGAAACAACCAAAUGAGAUAGGUAAAAGUUUAUUGGAAGGAUUAUGAAUUGCUGUGGAAUGUGAAUAGAAGACUGUUCACAAGAUAACAUACAUACCCCUGUUAAAAAGUAAUAGACUUUCUUUCCAAUUCUGUUUCAUGUAAGGAUGUAGGUACAGUUACUGAUUAUUUCUUUUUACUUUGCUAAGCUGUAAUUUGAUAAACGUCUAAUUAUACAACUUUUUUUAGUUAGGUAAUUUGACGAUAUAACCUUUUAAAUGCAAAGAAAUAUAACGUGGAAUACUGAACUAUGUAUAAAAAGUACUUGAGUCAUCAACGAAUAUUAACUGGCCAACCAACACCACAACUGCUUUAUUGUCAGGGAUAUGUAUUACUAUCUAUAAAGUAAAUAUGUAAACUAUAUUUACAAAUUUGAAGUCUGGGUGUGCUGGGUAUAAAUAUAUUUUUACCUAUAAUUCUGACUGUACCCUGGAUUCAUUUAAAAAUACUCAACAUAGUAAUUCAAAAGGUAUUUUUCUUCAAUGUAAACUUAUAAAAUUGGUUCAGUAACCCGACUAAGCUUAGUGAAUGAGCUACAUAUGGUCUUGAAACUUUGGAUUGGGACUUUUAAUUACUUUUUUUUUCUGCUGCUACUUUUUUCCUCUGUGUUCUUAAACAUUUCUGUUUUCUUUCUUUCGUUCUUUUAUUUAAUUUGUUUCUUGUUUUGCUGUUUUUCUUCCUCUCUCUGACUUUUUCAGGUGUUUAUUCCCCCCGCUGGAAGCCCCAAAGCCUGGAUCAAGAUGGUCCAAUUAUGCCCAGUUUAUUCCUCCACCUGCUCUGAUAAAGCACCCCUAUGAUGCUGACCCUGUAAGCCCUUCAUAUCCUCACCCCCGC